AUGAAAGCAGAGGAAGAUGAAAAAAAGAAACAACUUGAAGCUUUAGAAAGGAAGAAGGCAUUCGAAGAUCGAAUUAAAAAUCGAGGAAAACGUAAAGUUAAUCCAUCAUCAUCAUCAGACAUCGAACCUGAACCAAAACGUGUAAAUGCGGAUGAUGAAAGUCGUGAUGCCACUACAUUAGAUCCAAAGGCAAAUGCAUAUCUUAAGGAAAUGCAAAAAUACAAUGAAAGGUUAUGUAAAGAUGAAACAGGUCAUGUACGUCCUUUGGUAAAAUGA